UUACAGGUUUCGCAGCUGCUCAUUCCCCGAUAUGUCUGAGAGUUUUGGUUUAAAUUUUGGCCUUUGAGCUUCAUUCCGCACCGCAUUGCCAGAAAUGGGCGCUUCAGAGUCUACUUUAUCAAGCCUACAGUCGCCAGAUGACAAAAUCACCACCAUAACCGAGCGAUCCGAAGCCGCUGACCCUAUUUUGGAGCGUCUCAAAUCUCUUAAAAUUAAACCGCCCAUAUUGACGUCUCCCCCAACAGAGGGUACUUUAACUGAUAUUUUAGUGAGGAAGCCUUCGUCCUCGCCGGUUUCAGUGAAUCCGAAGGUUUUACUGGAGCUCUUCUCAAUGUACCGUGAUUGGCAAGAGAAAAAUGCCCAAGAGAUAAGCAAAAAACAGGAGGAGAUAGAAAACAGAAUAGAAGUUGCAGAUGCUUUGGCAAUCAAACUUCUUCAGCGAUUUAAUUAUUCAAUGUCUACAAUGCAGGCUGCCUCACAGCAUCUAUCAGGAGUUCAUGCGUUGCAGGUGGAAAUUGGAGAGCUCAAAGGAAGGUUGACUGAAGUUAUCAGUAACUGCAAUGCAUUGUGCAAGAGGAUUGCAGCAGAGGGUCCGGAAUCUGUCCAGUCAUCUAUCAAACCUCUUGCAAUUGCUACAGCUGGUCAAGAAACCUGCUCUAGUUCAUCUAGUUUGCAGACAGUUUCAAAAACAAAUCCUUCUGCAGAAGAAUAGUUAGACUGACAGAUUUGGUUCUUUAGCUCAUAUUUUCAGAAGCUUCCUGCAUUCUUAUCGAAUUUGAGGAGAGUUUGAAGAAUGGUUGGAUAACAUUCACGUGAUAGACUAAAUUUUUUGUGGGCCAUGCUUUGAAUGGGGGACAUGAACUUUUCAUUAUUUGAGACGAACUCAUGGCAGCCUCAGAGCAACCAGGCCAUGUUACAAUGAUUUCUAUAAAAGGGGGCUAUGAUGCCUGUCACCGACACGCACGCAUUGGGAUUGGUUGCUAAUUGGUGGCAAAAAAUAAAAUAAAAUUGAAAAGACAUCAUAAAUAACACUUCCAUCAGAUGUAAAGUUAUCAUUUCAUCCAAUCGUUUUGUCCUUUCGUUUUAUUGGGUGGGAAGUUUUUGAGAGGUUUACAUUAUACAUUUCGACAUCUCAGGUGCAGAAAAUUGUGGCAAUUUCAGUGUAAAAUGAGCGCAUGAUCGUGUUAUUGUGCGACAUGUUGCCAAUGUUUUUAAAUAUGAUGUCAAACAAAUAAGAUAUAUUUUCUUGUGUACAAAAUUGUUCAUAAACAAGUCUGUACACAAGUGUGGAUGACAUCUGCUGUCUAUAAAUCUGAAGAUAGAUCCAAUAACAAUAUUACAAAAAAGAAAAAACAAGAAAGGAGUGCAUG